CAUUUCAUUGACAUUUGUGUUUCAUUUUCGUAGUGGUUGGUCGUGUUACUUUUCAGUGGAAAAUAAUAUUAUUUAGUGAAUAAUAAAUAAGACGUAAUUAGUUUAAUAAAUAAAAUGGUGGCUCCAUCAGUUAUUUACGCUGCGGUCCCUAUUUCUGUGCUGGUUGCGAUAGGGUUACUGCGCAAAUGGAGGUCCAGGAAUUGGGCUAAGUGUAGGAGUAAUACUUGCUUGCGGGGCAAGACUUAUUUGAUCACUGGUGCCAGCAGUGGGAUUGGGCUAGAGACAGCAAAGGCCCUGGUGAAAAGAAAGGCGCGGAUUAUAAUGGCGUGCCGAGACGUCGCGAAGGCAAAGGCUUUGAUUGCCGGUAUACGGAAGGAGCAGCCUUAUGGUGGAGAGCUCAUUCCCAUGCAGCUAGACCUAGCAUCAUUUGAAUCCAUCGAGAAGUUUGUAGAAGUUAUAAAGGCUGGCUUCUACAAAAUAGACGUACUUAUCAACAAUGCCGGUGUGGCUGUGCCUUUGAAACUGGAUUUGAAAACCAAAGAAGGCUUUGAAAUACAUUUUGGUGUUAACCACUUGGGACAUUUCUACUUGACACAGCUUCUAAUUGAACAUCUGAAGAAAGGCUCUCCCAGCAGAAUCGUUAUAGUGUCGUCAACGCUGCAUGAAAAAGGUGAAAUAAACUUUAACGACUUGAACUCAAGAGCUGAAAUCGAGGAGGCGAAGCAGGGCAAGACUCGUGGCCGUCACAUUACUGCAUACCAGAACACUAAGCUGAUGAAUUGCUACUUUAUGAGAGCGCUGGCAGAUCGGCUGAAAGGGACCGGCAUUGACGUUAGUUCUUGCUGCCCUGGAUUCUGCUAUACUAGCUUAUUUAGGUACUCAAUCAAAUGGUAUCAUUACAUUCUAAUGGCGCCUGUAUUUCUGCUAUUCAUGAAGACUGCUAAACAGGGUUCCGAAACAGUGGUGUACUGCGCCAGUGACUACAGCAUUGAAGGUAAAACCGGUAAGAUGUAUCGGGAGUGCGCGGAGUACGAUUCCAAGUACCCCUUCGACAAGGAGGUCGAGACGAAGCUGUGGGAGGUCUCCGAACAGCUGAUCAAGGCUAGAAAACCUAUCCCUAUUGCUUAAACUACUAGCUAAUACCAGGAGUUAUUGUGGACUUGUCACAGAGUCGACUCGUCACAGGAAAUGUAUGAAGCCACGAUAGCUGAACAGUGAAGGGAUCGGACUGGCCGACUCGUGAUCCGGGGAACGCGGGUUCGGUCCCCGCCGCCGCGCGACUAUUGUGGUGAGCUCACUCGUGACACAAGCAUAUUUAGCUUAGUCCGAGCGGGAGUUUUAGUGAUUUGUGAAAUAACAAAUUACUAAUAAUCUUUAAAAAAAAAUGAAUCCGUCACUUUUUAGAUAAUUUAUGAGCAAAUUGAUACGUACGGAUGACACAUGUAGGUAAACUCUGUGCAUCUUUUGCACUUGUAAUAGAGGCGAUUUUGGAAUGUAUAGUCUGGUGUGCUGGUCACUGUACUUAUCCGCGUCUAUGACGAUUAUUUUACUUUCAAUGUAUGAAACUUACAAGUGCGACGAAUCGACUUUGUGGCAAAUUGACAAUAAUCAUUUACAAGAAUGCGCGGGCGCAAUUGAGCCGUUAAAGCCAAAACACGAUGCGUUGCGGCAGCGAUGCGACUCCGGAACGGUGUAGCUGCGUUGUCUUACAUAGAAAUAUCUGCGGCGCCGCAACCGCAACGCAUCGUGUGCUUUGGCUCUAAAAUAAUAUUUGACAUGUAAUAGUUUGUCGAAAAUUAAGUUUGUAUGUAAGAACAGAAGAUCGUGUAUGCAUUGCAUCAGUCAUCUUUGAGGUCUGAGGGCAUGUUUUAGUCAUAGAUAAAAACGUUGGCGGUGGCAAUCAGAAUACUUGCAAUUUAGCUGUUGUAAUUAGAACUUAAUGGCAUGAUUAUAUUGUUUUGUGUUGAAUGUUUUUAAUUAUUAUUAUACGAUUACAUACUCGUCGUAUAUCAUAUUUAAUUUUAUUACUGUAGGUAGGUACCUUAAUAUUUUCAUAAUAUGUAUACCCAAAGUGUACGUUAUCUUUAUCUCGAAUGUAAUAAUAAGUGAAAUAUUAUAUGUAUAAAAUUUAACCUGUUUGUUGCAAAGGACCUGUACUAUAAUCCCUUACAAUGUUUGCUCAUUUCCAGUCAUCUUGCAUAAUAUAAAUUAUUGUUUUAAAUGAAGUAGAUUUAAUUUUAAUUAUCUAACUAUUCGAAACAACAACCGACUAUGGAGACUGGGCACAAGCUAUUUUUAAUAUACACGUAAUAUUAAUUAAAUACUCAAUUUUAGGUUUUCCCACUUGUUAUAUUUUUGUUUUGACAUUAAUAUGAUGGUGUUUUUGAACUGAAAUCGAUUAUCGUGUGAUCGAAAUAACAAUAAAAGAUUAUGGAUUCGUCAAAAUAAGUUAUGUACUUACACCUUCAAUAUUGGUUUAUGAAUUUUAUUUGAGAAUAAUUUUAAUCUUAUUUAUUUAGGUGACUAUCGAGACGGUAAAUAUGUAGGAAUAAUAUUAUAAAAUGUAAUAAAAUUAAUGGACAGGGCACUAUAAACAUUGGUCCCAAUUCUGUGAGGCUUCUAUCUCUGUCCCUUUUUUCCUUAACGAAUUAAAAAGGACAAAACUAGACAAAAAAUAGAGAAUAUGUUAACAAAUUCAAUCGACUAAAUUGCUGUCAAUCUUAUUUAUAAAUUCAUAACUUUUUAUGACUGUUUUAUUUAUAUUAGAUUUCGAGAUAGUGUGACCUUCAGAAUCGUGUCCAUAUUAUUUUGUGCGUCAGUGCCUUCUAAAUAUUACUGUAUGUAAGACACGUGGGUAGUUUUAGUGUAGUGCAAUUCCAAAGACGUACAAUUUAUACACCUAUUUAUUAAAUGUUUGGGUAAUAA